GAUGAGAUACCCACAUAGGAUUGUUCUGUGGCCAAUAAGCUUCCACCAGGACCACCACGCCAACUGAGCAAUGGUUCUCCUUUCGCGCAUAAAAGCCCAAAGAGAAUUCCAGUUCCUCCUAUAAUCAAAAACGUUUCCCCCUCUACUCUGUUUCUCACAAACUCUCAUAAAACAUGGACACCGUCGUCUCCAAUUCAGCAUUACUUUCCAUACCUCCCUUCCCUCCAGUCCGUUCAGUUACCUGCAGCUCUUAUUCGCCAACCACUUCUCUCAACCUCUCAUCGAAGAAGCACUUCUCCAGCUUCUUCUACACCCAAAAGAAACAAGUGGGUCGACAACAUCGCAGUUCUUCUUUUACAGCUCCCAAGUUUUCAAUUGCUGCCAGUGCUGCUAUUCAGGAAAUCAACGAGACCCAGUUUCAGGAUUCUGUUCUGAACUCGGACCGUCCGGUUCUUGUCGAGUUUGUUGCCAAUUGGUGCGGUCCUUGCCGCUUGAUUUCUCCCGCUAUGGAAUGGAUUGCUCAGGAAUAUAAAGACAGAUUAACAGUUGUUAAGAUUGAUCAUGAUGCAAACCCACGAUUAAUUGAAGAAUACAAAGUUUAUGGUCUGCCUGCGUUGAUUCUCUUCAAGAACGGACAGGAAGUUCCAGAAAGUAGAAGAGAGGGUGCAAUUACAAAAGUUAAGCUUAAAGAGUAUGUUGAUGCUUUAUUGGAAUCUGUAUCAGUCGCAUAGUCCACCUCCAAUUGGAUUAGCAUACUUGCCUUGCUAUACCAUCAGUUCAAUUACUGUAAUGUGGUAAUUCCUUCCUUUUCUUUUUCUCCUCUUUUAAGUAUUAACAUUCUAUUGUAUACUUCGAGCUGUAAAUCUCCGAAAAUUAUCACGAUCGAGGAUAGAUUUGGCACUAUAGAUAAGUAACCUGCAUUCUUCUCUUUAUCUCUGUUCGGUUUUAUAUUUCCAACUAGAAGGUUGGUGAUUUCGAUUAUUAUUCCCAUUCUGAACUAAGCUUCUUGCAGAAUAUAAUGUUGUUUAGUAUUAGAUUCCGAAAUUGAACAGUAGUAAGAAGUUUGGAUCUACAAAAGAUGUGAAGUAAUUCUUCUUGUAAACCAUAUCCCAUGAUGUUAGUUAUGUAACACAUACAACAUUU